ACCCCUCACCGGACACCGAGGACGGUGCUUUGGAAGCCUUUGCACAAUGAUCUCCUUCUCUUUUCCUCUCAUUAUCUUCUUGCUGGACUCCUCUCUAAGUUAUGUCUUGUCCUCCCUGGUGUAUAAAUAUUAUCCUAUAUAUUUUCUGGAGACGGUGUGGCUAGUGCACCUUAUUAAAGUCCCCCUUCUUAGAGCCGUGUCCCAGAAACUUCCCUGUCCAUGGUGGAUCCCAUCCACUCUUCUCUACGUCCUGACACUAUGCCUAGCUCCUGCUCUGCACCAGACCCUCCGAUUGCUUCUCUUCUCCCAGGCUCCGGAGCUACACUCAGGCCUGGCCAACUCUCUGCUGUAUCACCUGCCCUUGUCUCUGUCCUGUCUGCUCUGGGAUCUGCUGUCCCCUCUCUUAUUUCCAGAAGAGGAUCCUGAGGAGGAUAGCAAUGGAAAGAAGAAGGAAAGGGAAAACUUCAUCAGGCUUGUAAUGCUCUCCAAAGCAGACUGGCCUUUCCUGUCCUUCGCUUUUAUGUUCCUGGCGCUUGCACUGUUACUUGAAUUGUCUAUUCCAUAUUACAUGGGACGUGUGAUUGACAUCUUGUCCAGCUACUACAAGGAGACCGAGUUCCUGAGUGCCAUUUUUUUCAUGUCCUUCUUUUCUGUCACAAGUUCUCUCUCUGCGGGGUGUCGGGGAGGAUUAUUCAUGUUCAGCAUGUCUCGCCUCAAAAUCCGAUUACAGAAACUCCUUUUUGGAGCCUUUGCUAAACAGGACAUUGCCUUCUUUGAAGCAAAUAAAACAGGAGAGAUCACAUCUCGGCUGUCAAAUGACACGUCACUGGUGAGCCGCUCCAUUGCUGGCAAUGUGAACAUUACCUUGCGGAUGUUUGUGAAAUGUGUUGGUCACUAUUACUUCAUGAUACUGGUUUCCUGGAAGUUGACGCUGCUCACCCUUAUCAGCACACCGCUCAUCUGGAUUGUUCAGAGCCUGUACAACAAGUAUCACCAGGAUCUGGUGAAGAAGGUGCAGGAUUCCAUCGCCACCUCCAGUGAUCUGGCAAAAGAGAUCAUUGAGACAGUAGAGACAGUAAAGAGCUUUGCAGCGGAGGAAGAGGAGGGAGAGAGGUAUGACGAGGCUCUAAGGAAGACACAUCGUCUGCAAUGCCACAGGGAUCUGGUCCGAGCUGUAUACCUGCUCGCUUUCAGGAGCGUUAACCUUGGUACUCAGGUGGCGAUGUUUGUGUAUGGGCACAAGCUAAUCCAGAGUGGAGCAAUAACCAAUGGACAGAUGGUGUCCUUCAUGCUGUACCAAAUAGAGUCUGGAGACUAUUUACGGUCCCUGUUCCACAUGUUCAGUGAGAUAACUCAUUCCGCUGGAGUCGCCACCAAAGUAUUCCAGUACCUGGAUCAAAAGCCGCAGGUCUCCAGAGCUGGAUCUCUUUGUCCUGAAAACCUAGACAGAAUGUUCGAGUUCAAGAAUGUGACAUUUUCAUACCCUUCCUGCCCAGAUACCCCUGCUCUGAAGGAUGUCUCAUUCACUCUUAAGCCUGGCACGGUAACAGGCAUAGUGGGUCUCUCCGGGGGUGGAAAGACAACAUGCGUGGCAUUACUGGAGAGAUUCUAUGAGCCCCAGAGUGGAAAAAUCCUGCUUGAUGGAAGACCACUGGCUGAAUACAAGCAUGAGUACCUACACAGCAAGGUGGCUUUAGUGGCUCAGGAUCCCGUCCUGUUUGCUGGAACAGUCAGAGAAAACAUUGCUUACGGUCUUGACAGACUUUCUGAAAAGCAGCUGGUGAAAGCAGCAAGAUUGGCCAAAGCUGAUGCUUUCAUUGAAAAAAUGGAGAAUGGCUAUGAUACAGAUGUUGGCAGCAGUGGGGCUCAGCUGGCAGCCGGCCAGAAACAGCGGAUUGCUCUUGCACGCGCUCUUGCACGGCAUCCCAAACUUCUCAUUCUAGAUGAGGCUUCAAGGUGUCUUGAUGUUGAUACAGAAGAUAUGAUCCAGCAGUCUCUGCAGAGUAUUCCAGAUCUCACUGUGCUGAUCAUCGCCCACCGGCUGCGCGCAGUAAAAAAUGCUGACCAGAUUCUGGUGCUGGAAGGGGGACAACUGGUGGAGAGUGGGACUCAUGAUGAACUUGUAGAGAGACAAGGGGCUUAUUACAAGCUCCAUCAGAAUCAAGAAUAAGAUGGACCUUUCUUUGAUGUUACAUGUG